AUGGCCCAAUCCGCGCGUGAAUCUGCGCAGGCUAUGCGAGAUCGUGUUGCGACGGCUAUGCAGCCUGGAGACAACAAAUCAACAGUGCACAGUCUCCCACCCGACGAACGCGAGAGUAUGCUAGGCCUCGACCACGAAGAGCACCCAGUCGAAGGCAGCGCCCGUGGAGGACAGAAACAACCAGGUACAGCAGGACGGAAGAUGGGAGGAGGAGGAGGGCCGUUGGAUUCUGUUGCUGAUACAGUGACCAAGGCAUUUGGGGGGAAGAGCAAAUAA